AUGCUAAUGUCGACGGUAAAGCUAUAUCCACACAAACUUGCAUAAGCCCAUAAGCAUAUGCACAAUUAUAACCAUAAUAAGGGUCAAUUCAGACGAAGUUUGCAUAACUGCAUAAACAUAUGCAUAAAGAAAUGAACCAAUCACAUAUCUAAUAAGAAAAGUGCUACUCAAAUGUAUCUUUAUAUGUGUACACAUAUGCAGCGUCGUAAAGAAAACGUUCAAUCGUCACUGUAGAAUAAAUAUUAUCAAAUUGACAUAUAUAUAUUCCGUGGAUUUGUAAUAUUAUAUUGUGCAAUCCGUGUUACUCGACAUAUCCUCUGAAAAAUCUAAAAAUUGAAAUAUGGAAGCUGAAGAGUUAUGUGCUUUGUCAUGUUUGAGUUAUAUAUUAUACAGACGUCGUCGACAUCGUCUAUUAAAAAAACAUAAGAGAAGAUGGUGGUGUCGUCCAAUUAAUACAUUAAGAUUUUAUCAAGGAGAUUUUGACCACCUCUUUCAAGAAUUGAAACAAGAUUCAGAUAUGUUUUUUAAAUAUACACGAAUGAAUGAAGAUACUUUUAAUUUAUUAUUAAGCAAGAUAGGAUCAUAUUUAAAAAAAUCUAAUUGGCGAGCCUUGUCUCCAGAGCAGCGUUUGAUUAUUACACUCAGGUUUCUUGCAACAGGUGACCAAAUGACAUCAUUAGCAUAUCGCAUUGGAUUAUCAACUGCUCAUUCCAUAGUUAAGGAAACAUGCGAAAUAAUUUCAAACGUACUUAGUACUGAAUAUCUUAAUCCACCAACAUUGGAUGAGUGGAAAAAUAUAAGCACGGGCUUUUGGCAACCGUGGAAUUUUCCAAACACAAUUGGUGCAAUGGAUGGAAAGCACAUCCAGAUACAAGCACCACCAAAAUCUGGGAGCUUAUAUUUUAAUUAUAAGAAGACUUUUAGCUUAGUACUCAUGGCUAUAUGUGAUCAUGAGUAUAAGUUCACUGUAGUUGACGUAGGUGCUUUUGGCAGUGAUUGUGAUGCUGGUGUUCUAUCCAAAUCAGUAUUUGGAAAAGCAUUAUAUAAUCGCACACUUAAUAUAUCGCAUGAAACAAGGAAAUUACCUGGAUGUGAUAUAGAAUUGCCCUAUUUUGUCGUUGAUGAUGAGGCUUUUCAGUUGCAUAAAAAUGUUAUGCGUCCCUAUUCUGGUCGAUACUUGAGCGAUAACAAAAGUAUAUUUAAUUAUCGUUUAUCACGUGCAAGACGUACAAUCGAAAAUGCUUUUGGUAUUCUAGUAUCAAGAUGGCGAAUACUUCGUCGCCCAAUUUGUGCUCAUCCAUCAACUGUUGAUCGAUAUGUUUUAGCAUGCGUAAAUUUACACAAUUUUUUAAUGACUGAAAACGCCAAAAAAUCAUCAUGCGAACAAACAUACUGCCCAACAAACUUUGUCGAUCAUGAUAAUGAUAUGGGAACAGUAAUACCGGGAAGAUGGAGAGAUGAAAACGAAGGAAUAGAACGUCUAAGGCCUUGCAGUGCACAUAGGGCAACUCGCGAAGCAUACGAGCAAAGAGACAUUUUAACUGAAUAUUUGCUAUCAUCCGUAGGUGAAGUUACAUGGCAAUAUGAACGGAUACAUGUGAGAUCUACGUAUCAUACUUUAUACGAAUAA